GAUGGAAACAUCCCGAUGACGCCCCCCACCCCCACACGUUCCAGUCACACUCCUCAACUCGCAGUGUCUUAUGGGAAAUGUAGGCGAGGACAGGGCGACGACUCGCAAGCCAUCAUGGAAGUCGGUGCCGAAAGCGUGGACGUGAAACGUGGAAAUAUCUCGGACCCAGAGGACGACAGCUGCUCGGACACCGAUUUUGAACCUUCAAAACUCGGAACGAAAGAAUAUUGGGAAGAUGCAUAUCAAAAAGAACUUGAGACAUUCGCAGACAUUGGGGAUGUUGGUGAGAUAUGGUUUGGUGAGGAGAGCAUGAGCCGUGUGCUGCGAUGGAUGGACAAAGCUCAGAUCCCAGCAGAUGCUGCCAUUCUUGACAUUGGCACUGGAAACGGAGCCUUUUUAGUUGAACUGGCUAAACACGGAUGCAGGAAUCUGACUGGUAUAGAUUAUUCUCCAGCGUCUGUAGACUUGGCCAGAAAUGUUCUGCAGGCGGAGGACUUGACGAAUGUCACUGUAAAGGAGAUGGAUUUCUUGAACUGCCACGGUGAGCUAAAGGGUUUUGAUGUCUGCAUCGACAAAGGCACAUUCGAUGCAAUAAGCUUAAACCCGGAAAGCUCUAAGGAGGACAAAAAAAUGUAUGUCCAAGUUCUAAAAGAUGCUCUCAAGGACAAAGGGUUCUUCGCUAUAACUUCCUGUAACUGGACAAAAGAGCAGCUGCUAGACCGAUUUAUUGAAGGAUUUGAGUUUGUCGAGGAGUUGCCGACACCAAGCUUCCAAUUUGGAGGCAAGAAGGGCAACAGUGUGACGGCCCUCAUCUUCAAGCGAAUACAUUGAAAUUAGAGGAUAAUUGUAUUCUUCUUUUUUUUUUCUGUUUAUCACAGGAAAUCAUAAUAACUGUACAUACUUUUUUAUAACAAUACUUGAUUCACUUUUAAAAGGUAUGUGUAAUGAUGCAGGCAUACAGAGUAAGAGUGGAAUUCUCUUGAAAUAAAUAUAUUUUUUCUUUUGUUGCUGCCAUAUUAUCUUGCCUUGAUCCAUAGUGUGAUAGCAACCUGUUACAUCUAUAUGAAAUUGUUCAGUAAUCUUUGCGACACUGUUACUGAGACGAUUAAGAUGUACAGUUGAAUAAUGGAUCAUUUGAAAUGCACUCGCAUGGAACCUUUUACCUCUGAAUAACAAGUUAUCUCUGACCUUUGACGUAACGUGGGUCCGCCAUGUCUUGCGGCAUCGAGAGACUUUCACAUGUGAAGUCCUCGCCCUUGUGCAGAGUUCAGCCACACGAUUAUUCGGUCUCUGUUUGGUUUUUAGCCUGGAGGCUUAAAUGUCUUCUGUAUUCGUUUCACAAAGGGGCUAGAAGUGAAGGGGGAUAUACACAACAAUUUGCACUGAAAUCUUUUUUUCCCCCCUUCCAUAAAUCAUCUUAAAGCCCCUCAGUUUACUUUACGAGGACCCUGUUGAGUGUCCUGACCCACAGUUUGAAAACCUCUGUUCUGUCUCACUAAAUAAUUAAUUACAUCCAUCUUUCAUGCCGUGGGGAAGAUAGCCUGUAUCGAAUUGGCUCAACUGGAAACCAGCAUAACUUGGGGUCCUGAAGACCCUGAUUAAGAAUUUCUGACAGAAUAAAUAAACAAGAGGUCAUGCUUUCUUUGCAA